AAAUACCCGCCGAUUCACGAGCCAUCAUCAGCGGCCCAGCCGAUCUGCAUUUCAAAGUCGGCAGCGCAAUUAUACUCAACUGUCAUGUGCAACAGCCGAGCAUUCGUGAUAUUGGACCGAUUUAUUGGUAUCGCGGCGAGCAUAUAAUCACGCCCUUCGAACUCGACGACGAUGACGACGACGACGAGGCUGAUAAUAAUGUUGCUCAUGCUGAUGAUGCCGAGGAGUUGGAGAGCAACGACAACAAUGGACACGUGAAUGCCUACGCCGAAGGAGCAACGCUGCAUAAGCGCCAGCCAUCAUCGCUUGCAAACAAUGAGGUGGAAGUUGAUGUGACAGCGACGAUAACAAAUGUCAAUGCAUUGGCUGCUGCAGGCAGUCGCAGUAGCAAGGGCAACUCAGGUCGCAGCCGUGCAGCGAUGGCUAUAGCGGCGGCGACCACGACAGCUCUGCAUGAUGGCUUAACCAACGACAUAACACCGGACUUCACAGCGCGCAUAGCAAUGGAAUCACAGCUGGGUGAUACAAUGAAAUCAAGGUUGCGCAUUUCGAAUGCACAAACAACGGAUACAGGGAAU